AUGCAUUCCUCUUUGGGAAUGGGACCACAAAAUGCAGAAACAGUAGCAGGAACCCCAAUCCCUGUGCUUACGGUUCAGUUGGCAGCGAAGCAGCACUCACAAGAUGAGUGCAAGAUCCUGGUUGCCAGGGGUGUGAAUAACUUUGUACAGUACAAAUUCUGCCACCUGCCCUCCAAAGAAAGGCAAACAAUCAUUGAGUUGGCAAAGAUGUUCCUAAACCGCAUCAACUAUUGGCAUCUGGAGGCGCCGUCUCAGCGCCAACUGCGCUCUCCCAAUAAUGACAUUUCUGGAUACAAAGAAAACUACACAAGAUGGCUGUGUUACUGCAAUGUGCCGCAGUUCUGUGACAGUUUACCUCGGUACGAGACCACCGAGGUGUUCGGGAGAACGUUGCUUCGCUCAGUUUUCACCAUUAUGAGGCGACAACUCCUGGAACAAGCAAGGCAGGAAAAGGACAAACUGCCUCUGGAGAAACGAGCCCUAAUCCUCACACAUUUCCCAAAGUUUCUGUCCAUGUUGGAAGAAGAAGUUUAUAGUCAAAACUCUCCCAUUUGGGAUCAGGAUUUUCUCUCAGUCUCUUCUAGAACUCAGCUAGGAAUCCAAACAGUUAUUAAUCCACCUCCUGUGGCUGGGACAGUGUCAUACAAUUCAAACUCAUCUUCCCUGGAGCAGCCAAAUGGAGGUAGCACGAGUCCUGCCUGCAAGUCAUCUGGGCUUGAAGCAAACCAAGGAGAGAAGAGGAAAAUGAAUGACUCUCACAUUCUAGAAGAGGCCAAAAGACCCCGGGUUAUGGGGGAUAUUCCAGUGGAGUUGAUUCAUGAGGUCAUGUCCACCAUCACAGACCCUGCAACCAUGCUCGGGCCAGAGACCAAUUUUCUGUCGGCACACUCAGCCAGGGACGAGGCAGCGAGGCUGGAAGAGUGCAGGGGUGUCAUUGAAUUCCAUGUGGUUGGCAAUUCCCUGAACCAGAAACCAAACAAGAAGAUUCUGAUGUGGCUGGUUGGUCUACAGAACGUCUUCUCCCAUCAGCUGCCCCGAAUACCAAAAGAGUAUAUCACACGUCUUGUCUUUGACCCGAAACACAAAACCCUUGCUUUAAUUAAAGAUGGCCGUGUUAUUGGUGGUAUCUGUUUCUGUAUGUUCCCAUUCCAGGGAUUCACAGAGAUUGUUUUCUGUGCUGUAACUUCAAAUGAGCAAGUCAAGGGCUAUGGAACACACCUGAUGAAUCAUCUGAAAGAAUAUCACAUAAAACACGACAUCCUCAACUUCCUCACAUACGCUGACGAUUAUGCAAUUGGAUACUUCAAGAAACAGGGUUUCUCCAAAGAAAUUAAAAUACCCAAAACCAAAUAUGUUGGCUACAUCAAGGAUUAUGAAGGAGCCACCUUAAUGGGAUGUGAGCUGAAUCCUCGGAUUCCGUACACAGAGUUCUCUGUCAUCAUUAAAAAACAGAAGGAGAUAAUUAAAAAGCUGAUAGAAAGAAAACAGGCCAAGAUCCGAAAAGUCUACCCUGGACUUUCAUGUAUUAAAGAUGGAGUUCGACAGAUUCCUAUAGAAAGCAUUCCUGGAAUUAGAGAGACAGGCUGGAAACCAAGUGGAAAAGAAAAAAGUAAAGAACCCAAAGACCCUGACCAGCUUUACAGCAUGCUUAAGGGCAUCCUCCAGCAGGUGAAGAGCCAUCAAAGCGCUUGGCCCUUCAUGGAACCUGUGAAGAGAACAGAAGCUCCGGGAUAUUAUGAAGUUAUACGUCAAAUAUUGUUAAUAUUUUUUUUUCCCUGUGCAGAUCUGAAAACCAUGAGUGAACGCCUCAAGAAUCGGUACUACGUGUCUAAGAAAUUAUUCAUGGCAGACUUACAGAGAGUUUUUACCAAUUGCAAAGAGUACAACCCCCCUGAGAGUGAAUACUACAAAUGUGCCAAUAUCCUGGAGAAAUUCUUCUUCAGUAAAAUUAAGGAGGCUGGAUUAAUUGACAAGUGAUUUCCUUUCCCUCUGCUUCUUAGAAACUCAUCAGCAGUGUGCCUAAAGCAAGAUGGUUUCAUUUUAUUGUUUUCUUUUGUUGUUGUUGUUGUUUUAUUUUAAAGAACUGAAUUGGAGAUGUCUUUGAAGAGACUUGUAAAUGUAAUAAUUAGCACUUUUGAGAAAACAAGACAACCUCCUGUUAGCUUUUCAGAUAGGUAUUUAAAUUGAAGUCAUAGAACAUUUUUAUUUGAUGGAAUAGAUUUGAAUCUAUUUACUGCUAGGAUGUACAUUUUCUAUGACAAGUCCAUUAGCCCACUAUUCCAUGAUAGAAGAUCAGGGGUUUUCAGACCGUGAAUGUGUCCAUUUUUUUUUUCCUAAUGGAAUGUGAGAGUGUAGUUUUAUUUUAUUCUGAAGGACUUGAAGGAGGAAAUAAUGAUAAAAAGCCCAUAAAAGGUGAAAUAUGUGAUGUUUGAAGUCUCACAAUAGACUCUACAUGGAUAUUUUUUAAAACACUCAUCUAGAUGAGGUGCUCUGAGCAGUUCUGAAAAAAAUUGCAGGUCCUCAACUGCAGCUGCUUUGAUUCCUAAGGAAGAGACUCUAAAUAAUGCAAACUUUCUUUCUUUUUGUUUUUUUUUUGUAAGCAUCUGGGGUUUUGAUAAUUCUGUCUACAUACAACAAACUUGUGAGUACUUAACCACUAUUUUACUAAUUCUUUACACAAAUGUGAGAUAUCAUAUUUGACUUUGCUUAUGCAGGACAUAAGUUCAAAAAAAAAAAAAAAAAGGUAAUUUCCCAAGCCACAAAGGCAUAAAGUUGAAAACACUUGAAAUCGAGACAACAUGCCUUUAUAGGAAAAAGACAUGUAUUCUAUAUGUGUAUCAAGCAAUCUGGUGGAUCCUUGUUCUAAUAAGUGAGGAUUUUUACUUUUCUAUGACAUGUGUAACUCCAUUAAAAAUGUGUAUGUGAACAUUUUUUUUUCUUCAUCUCCAGAUUAUGUUUAUUGUCUGAGAUGAAUUAAAUUCCCACCGAGGGUGGUGUCAGCAUUUUAACACCUAAUUGCUAUUCUGGGUUCAGGGUUAUAUCCCACUACCAUCCAUCAUACAGUCUAUUCCCUAACCUGUCUUGGGAUUCCAGCUUAGUGCUUACAUUUUAAUCCUGAUUACACUACAGAGAAAGUGCGACACCUACCAUACCCCAACUCUGGGAAAACCAACUAAUAUACAACCAUACAAAUGAAGCCAUCUCCACAGUGUUGACACUAAUUUUUAUGAUGCAAAUUUGUAAACUGAUUUUUGUAAAGGAUGAGGUUUUAAAAAUGUAUUUGUUUUCUAUCAGCAUAAAUUAAAAUGGGUCACGAAUGUUUUUAAUGAAAACAGUCAACAGAGAUAGCAAGCAUGAAGGAAAUACCCGUAAAAUGGCUAUGAAGUUGGAAGUGUUGUUUUUGAGAUGUAGGAGAUUUUUCAGAAUGCUCACAGUGAAACAUGCCUCAACUUUUCCAAGUAUAAGAAACUACCUUGAGUGGUGUCUUAGAUUUCUAAUGAAGAAGGA